AGACAAGCAUUCACUGAUGUGGCUACUGGAUCCCUUGGUCAGGGUCUUGGUGCUGCAUGUGGAAUGGCAUACACUGGGAAAUUCUUUGACAGAGCCAGCUAUCGAGUGUAUUGUCUGCUUGGAGAUGGAGAGUUAUCCGAAGGCUCUGUUUGGGAGGCAAUGGCCUUUGCUGGGUUUUACAAGCUUGAUAAUCUCGUUGCUAUAUUUGAUGUUAACCGCCUUGGACAGAGUGACCCUGCACCUCUGCAGCAUCACGUGGAGGUUUACCAGAAACGCUGCGAAGCCUUUGGCUGGCAUGCUAUCAUCGUUGAUGGACACAGUGUGGAGGAACUUUGCAAAGCCUUUGGCCAGGCCAAACAUCAGCCAACAGCUAUCAUUGCAAAGACUUUUAAAGGCAAAGGCAUAUCAGGUGUUGAAGAUAAAGAAAACUGGCAUGGGAAGCCCCUUCCAAAAAACAUGGCUGAACAAGUCAUUCAGGAAAUAGAUGACAAAAUCCAAAAUAAGAAAAAGCUUUCUCCAGCCCUCCCGGAAGAAGAUGCACCUGUAGUAAAUAUUAGAAACAUUAAGAUGCCAUCUCCACCAACUUACAAAGUGGGAGAAAAGUGGGCUACCCGCAAAGCUUACGGUGUUGCACUUGCCAAACUGGGCCAUGCUAAUGAUCGAGUGAUUGCUUUGGAUGGAGACACAAAGAACUCCACCUUCUCAGAGCUUUUUAAGAAAGAACAUCCCAGUCGCUACAUUGAGUGCUACAUUGCUGAACAGAACAUGGUGAGCGUUGCAGUUGGUUGUGCCACUCGUGACAGAACUGUUGCUUUUGCCAGCACCUUUGCUACCUUCUUCACACGGGCAUUUGACCAGAUCCGUAUGGCUGCCAUCUCCGAGAGCAACAUCAACCUCUGUGGCUCACACUGUGGUGUUUCUAUUGGUGAGGAUGGGCCAUCUCAGAUGGGACUGGAGGAUCUGUGCAUGUUCCGGGCUAUUCCCAAUGCCACUGUGUUUUAUCCUAGUGAUGCUGUAGCCACUGAAAAAGCAGUGGAAAUAGCUGCCAACACCAAGGGCAUUUGUUUCAUAAGGACUAGUCGUCCUGAAAAUCCUGUCAUUUACAACAACAAUGAGGACUUCCAUAUCGGACAGGCAAAGGUGGUUCUGAAGAGCAAGGAUGACCACGUGACCGUGAUUGGAGCGGGAGUCACCCUGCAUGAGGCCCUGGCUGCGGCAGAGCAGCUGAGAAAAGAAAAAAUCUUCAUUCGUGUGAUUGAUCCCUUCACUAUAAAGCCCCUGGAUAAGAAGACAAUACUUGAAAAUGCCAGAGCAACCAAAGGCAGAAUCAUCACUGUUGAGGACCAUUACCAUGAAGGUGGCAUUGGAGAAGCAGUGUGUGCUGCAGUGGUGGGGGAGCCUGGUGUCACAGUCAGUCGCUUGGCUGUAUCUCAUGUACCGCGCAGCGGGAAGUCAGCUGAGCUCCUGAAGAUGUUUGGCAUUGAUAAAGAUGCCAUUGUGCAAGCCGUUAAGGCGGCAGUGUCCAAAUCGAGAAACGCGGAGUAGUUUGAAGCAUCUUGUGCCGUGUUACAGAAAAGCAGUGUUCAGAGACGUACUGUAAGUGUAAAGCAAGCAAAGGUGCUUUAUGUAGAGAGUUCUAAUAAAAAUACCAGCUUAAAAAAC